AAGUGGGAGGCAGCCGUGUCAACGGCAAGGGUUAAAACCAUAGAGAUCUCGACUUCGGAAGGAUGAGGAUGGCUUCACCACCACUACCACCCAAGAGGCACCAGUUCAAUUUAGAGUAAGGCUGAACUUAUACUUCGGAUUCCCAGUCGGGUGUCUGAGUGGCAAUGCUCGCCGAGGCGUAGGAAGGAUGCUCCCGCCGAAAAAGAAUUCGAAUCAGAACCGGAAAUGAGUGUUCGGCGUGCACCGCCGCCUUCUCCCUCCCACUUCACGCACCUUUGCUGCGAUUCCCGGCUUCUUCGGGUCCUCCGGUUUCUCCUCUGGAGGAAGCAACAGGUCUGGGGGGGUCCGUUUUUCCUAACUGUGGGGCGAGGACGGGAGCCCUUCGCGCCCGCUGGAGGGAAAGAUGAGCUAAGUUGCGAGAGAGAAGGGAAUUGCGCCGGUGUCUUCCAAGCUGUUGCCGAAUACGAGAGUGCAGCAACGCCUUUCGAAACCUUCGUGUCGUCCCCGGCGUCGUCUGCACGCGAAGACACGCAAAAGUCGAGCUUUUGCAGCGGAAGGCACUGGAGGUUGUUGGUUAGCCAACUUCUGAACGGAACGCGGAGAGGCCAGUUUGCAGCCGACUAGAAAGCUGAUUUUAGCAAAAGAUUCACGGACUGGUAGUAAGGAAGGAUUAAGUGAUGGAGACCCUGAGUGUGCAGGUGAACAUGUCCAUGGAUGAAGAGACGGUGGAGGACCCAGAGCUGAAGAAGGAGAAACAAAGUGCUUCCCUGGUCAAACUCUGGUCAGACCUGGAGGCAAUGAAAACCCCCUCUGGCCUGGCUCCUCUCCAGCAGAUGAAAUGCAAACCUGAAGCGGGAUUGCAAGAAUGCUGGGAAGUCCAGUGGCAGGAGUUCCUCAGGAGCCUGCAGGGUCCUCGCUCUGAGAGGGCCCAUGCUCAGACAAUAGAGGAGCCCACGCCCUGGGUCAACAUGAAGGCCUUCCUAACUUCCUUUGAACAAGUUGCAUCUGCCUGCAAAUGGCCCCAGGACCAAUGGGUGACUCUUCUUGUGCCAGGAUUCAGACGAGAAGCAGAAGAGGCCUUCAACAGCCUUAGUGGCCAAGACAGAGGAGACUAUGGGAAGGUGAAGGCAGCCAUCUUGAGAGGGGAGGUCCUGGCCAGGGAGAGGCAGCGCCAGGACUUCCGUCAGUUUUGCUACCAGGAGACAGAGGGGCCCCGGGCUGUCUACAGGCAUCUGCAGGAACUUUGCUGGCAGUGGUUGAAAGCUGAGAGGUGCUCCAAGGAGGAGAUCCUGGAACUGCUGAUCCUGGAGCAGUUCCUGACUGUCCUGCCUCCGGAGAUGCAGAGCUGGGUCAGGGCUCACGGCCCUGAGACUUGCACUGGGGCUGUGCUCUUGGCUGAAGAGUUUCUGUUGAAGCGGAGCUCAGUGAAACAGGAGGAAGAGAGUCCAGGUACUUUGGAGAUGGGGGCAAUUAAGGAGCCUUCCCAGGGAAACCCAUUUCCACCAUUAGGUUCAUGGGGAUGGCAACUGUCCGACGACAUGAAGCUGGAGAUUGACAAAGACCUGAGUUCAUUUGGUGGCCAUUGCAGACUGAUGAACCAAGACAACCAUCUUCAUCAGGGCAUUUCUGAGGAACUGGAAAAUGAGAUACUAAAAAGAGACAACAUACCCUCCCAGCGUUGCAAGGAGGAAGUGAGGCCUAAGAACCAGGAGGAUUCAGAAACAGAAUGGAAUUCCCCAAAAAGAAGUUUGGACAACGUUGUUUCUGUUGGUAAAAGUGAUUCUGAUCCAGAAGAAGCCGGGACCGGCCAUAAAAUCCACCAGUGCCACUGUGGAAAACGUUUCCAGCGGAGCUCUAGUUUUCGGGUUCACGAAAGAAUUCACACUGGAGAGAAGCCAUACACGUGUACAGAAUGCGGCGUCGCUUUUCGUAAAUCUGCCCAAAUAAAGGCCCACAGGAGAAUCCAUACCGGCGAGGUUCCCUUUCGGUGUUCCACCUGCCAGAAAACCUUUACCAGCAGCUCCAGCCUCAUCACCCACAAGAGGAUCCACACAGGAGAGAAGCCGUACCGAUGCACGUAUUGCGAGAAGAGCUUCCGGCAAAAGGGGACUCUCACCGUCCACGAAAAAAUCCACAGGGACGAGAAGCCUUUCAAAUGCUUGACAUGCGGGAAGGCUUUCCGUCAGAAGGGAACCCUUAGCAUCCAUGAAAAAAUCCACCUUGGGGAGAAGCCCUACAGGUGUUCCAGCUGUGGGAAGAAUUUCCGCACUACUGCGGUCCUGAGGGUUCACGAAAGAAUCCACACCGGAGUGAAACCAUAUCAGUGCUCUGUGUGCCUCAAGAGCUUCACCGAUGGGUCAAACCUCAUCACCCACGAGCGAAUUCACACUGGAGUGAAACCGUAUCAGUGCGCCCGCUGCGGGAAAACCUUUUGUCAGAAGUCCGGCUUGAUGACACAUGAACGCAUUCACACUGGAGACAAUCCAUACAGGAGCUCAAGCAGUGAGAAUCACUUAGAGGGAAGAUCAGAUCUCAAUACCCAUCAGGGAGCAAAGCUGGGAGAGAGAUCAUAGGCAUACAAGUAGUCCUCGACUGAAAACAAUGCGUUUAGUGACCAUUCGUAGUUACAACAGCACUGAAAAAAGUGACUUAUUGUGAUGACCCAGGGGACAGCACAGAGGCAAUGCAGUCAGCUGGCAAUUCAAACAGUUCUUUUAUUGCUCCAAAUUUUCCCUAAAUGCUCCCACUUUUGCUGGCAAGACUCCAACAAAAGAACACACGCACACACACCUUUAGCUGACUCUGGCUGAAAAUAGGUUCAAAUACAGUCUGAUUAGCAUAAAAAAGUACUCAAGGCCAUAGAGAUAACAAGGAAGAAAACAUAAACUCAAGGAGUCUGUUUGAAUCCUUGCUUGCCUGAGCAGUUUUCAAAAGAGAGAAUCUGAAAUACAGUCCAAGGUCUUUAAACAUACAAGUAAUGUGGUCAGUCAAUCCAAUAGUUCAGGUUUCCAGGUUUCCAAACAGAAGUCACAGAACAAGAAAUCAGCAACAAUACACAAUACUCCAAGAAUCAGUAUUUGUUCCUGACAAAUGCCCCUCCCCACAGCGUCACCUUAAAUCUCAAUCUCCAGGUGUUCCUUGUGGAGAAGGGCGGGACGCUCUCCUCCCAGUAAUUGAGACUGCCUGCAGUUGUUCCCUCCUUCUCUCCACUCUCUGUGCUCUAGGAUCAGGUGGUGGUGGCCCUUGCUUAUCGCCUGAACUCUGCCUCUCCUGUUCCUCCUGUCCUAAUCCUGAAGGGCCCUGGCUUGCCUCGGCCUGCUCUUCCCCACAUUCUUCUGAAGCCACAGACACCUCUCCCUCGACCUCCAUAGGGUCCCGUUCCAGCUCAUUUUCCUCCGCAGAUUCAGGCUCAGAGGGAGGCAUGACACUUAUGUCCGUUUUUCACACCGUUGCAACAUCCCCAUGGCCACGUGAUCCAGGCAAUCCAUAAUUGAAGGUGAGGGGAAAAGGUUAGUUAAAAUAGUUUUGCCUCUGUGGCUUUUCAGAGUCGAUACAUAUGUCAGCACUGGAAUUGGGGAUACUUACACCCAAUUGCUUAUUCUCUUACUGGAGCUUGCAUGUCUCACACCAAAUAUAGAUCAAUGGUUAACUUUCAGUUUAAAAAAUAAGUGCAGAUAGGUCUCAACUUACAACCAUUUGUUUGGCCCAGGGGCAGGCCACCGUGGCUCUUUUAUGACUCGUGGACUUCAACUCCCAGAAUUCCUGAGCCAGC